CUAUGUUGGGUUUCUCAUUGCGCGGCUCAAUAAGUGUUACUAGGACAGAAAUCAGAUGUUCAAAAAUGUCGCAUAAUUGCUUAAGUUGCAUAACUCAGUCAUUCAGUUCACGUGUAAGACUCUGGAUAUAUCUUUGAUAUUCGCUUAAAAAGAUCAGUUUGAAUUUCUGAUGUCCAGAUCACAGUUGGUGUUGUGGUCAUGGAUACACUUGCUAUUUUGUGUAUCCAUGGUAACGAGUUUCUAUGGUGAAGCUUACUACAACGACAGAUAUGGUGGACAAGGAAUCGCUUAUGAUUCUGUUGACCGAACAUACGGUUUAUGGUCGGACGAGGGAGAUCUACAGAGUAACUACCUUUUAAGCAAUAACUAUUGGUCAGGAGAAGAAUGCACGGGAUGCAUGUGCGAUGAUGAUGCCGGAGUUAUCACGUCGUGUGCAGGAUCAACUGUUUCGAUACGAGGUAAAUUAAUGACAAAUAUAGCAGCAGGAACGUUCUCAGAGACAACAACAAGCAUAACUAUCAUCAACUGUCCAAAUUUUGAAUUUUUCGAGAAUGAAACUUUCGUAGAUCUAACAAGUCUUCAAGAACUUGUCGUCCAGGGUACAGCAUUGAACCGCGUGCCGGAUUUAUCCACGACAGCUGUUAUAAAAGUAAAUCUGGCUGGCAAUUCUAUAUCUAUGAGCACAGACAACCACCUCGGCUGGAGGUGGCCGACAACAAUACAGUAUUUGGCGAUGAUGAACAACUUGCUGUACUGGCUACCAGAAAACUUUGUGGACGGACCGAACCUUAGAAUCGCGAGUUUUAGUAAUAAUGAGCUGUUACAGAUGCAUCCCACAAUAUUUGGUGAUACUUCCUCCCUGAUCUACCUCGGAAUGGAUGGUAACAGGAUAAGCAGAUUGUCCAGGAAUAGUAUUGCUGCAUUGGCAACCAGCAAUUUUCAACAUUUAAAUAUAAGUAACAACGAAAUAGUAUUCAUCCAGGCUGGCACAUUUGACCAGUUUCCAAAUCUAAAAAUUCUGGAAGUUCAUGGAAAUUCACUGCCAACCAUCAGCGUGAAUGUCUUCUCUAACAUGCCAGAAUUACUGCACUUGGACUUACAUGCUAACAAUAUAUCUGCGUUGCCCAGAAAAAGUUUCGAGAAUCUUCCCAAAUUGAUGGAAUUAAGAUUACACUCUCAGAAAAUCCCUAUGACAUCAAUAGCUUAUGAUGCUUGGACCAACAUUGGAGAUGAACUCAUAAACUUGUUUGUGAGCCAGAAUAGUUUGUCGACGUUCCCUCAUCAAGUUUUAGAGGAAGGUUCAUAUCCAAAAUUAGAGAGAAUUUUUGCAGACAACAACGCGAUAUCGAAUGUGACGGAGUAUGGAUCUGAAGCGUUUCCCACCUCCCAGAAUUUCUUAUACUCCAAGAAGAGGCUGAUAUUUACGCCAUUCGCUGCUUAUCCCGCUUUACACACAUUGUAUCUUCAUGCUAAUUUGAUUACACACAUAGGGAAGUAUGACUUCUGCAACCUGACGAAUUUACAGAACUUGUACAUCAACAGUAACUUACUCACGGAUGAUAAUAUAGACGAUGAUGCUUUUCAGUGUUUGCCUGUACUCGACCUUCUAGAUAUAGGAAGCAACCUGAUACAGUAUGUACCAAAUGCGUUGAAGAGCAGCAUUCCAGCUCUAACACAGUUAUAUAUGCAGUCUAACCACAUCACGUUCCUGGAAACUGGCACAUUCACCAACCUAUCAACUUUAUCUACACUUACAUUGACUGGAAAUAAAAUUGUAGCCAUAGAAAACAACGUAUUCAAUGCAGACAUUGAAUAUUUGAAACUAGACAACAAUGAAUUCCGCUUUACCCACCAAUUUCCAUUCAGCAACUUACGAAAUCUGAAACGUUUGUGGCUGAGUAGUAAUGUCAUAGAUUACAUUCCGCCGUCUGCUUUUACAAACUGUACUUCCCUGGUAGAAAUUCAAAUGGCCUAUAACAAUAUCGCCCAGUUACUCAAGCCGCAUUUUGAAAACUGUCCACUGUCUGGAGAUAUUUUGUUCAAUGACAAUGAUAUUGGAUACAUAGAAGACGGCACCUUUGAUCACAUAACUUCUAUGACAAGAUUUACUGUAGCAAACAAUGUAUUGACAAGACUUCCAAAUGGUGGCGACUUUGCAGACCUCAACAUUAUUAAUGCUGGAGGUACUCUGCAAGGAACAUUGGACUUUACUAAUAACCGACUUGUCUUCCUCGAGACUAACACAUUUGUGAAUCUCGCUGUUGCAGAAUAUCUAUCACUGGCUAAUAACAAAAUUACAAACGUUGCCACGGAAGCAUUUAACGGAUUGUCAGCCAAAUACCUGAACCUUCAAGGAAACAACUUGCGAAUACUGAACCGGAAGUCGUUCACAGACGUCUCUCUGUCAGAAAGCAUGUACCUCAACGAUAUGUACUUAAGCACUUUACCUACUAUGGCGCUCUACGGUGUAUCUGCAAAAAAUAUAGACAUCAGCAAUGUAGGCAUUACCACAGUCGAUGAAGAAGCAUUCUUUGAUGUUGUUGUCAGUGGAAACCUGACUCUUGCGGACAAUAACAUAGCAACAGUGACCGGGCCACUGUUUGGAGGAACGUCGAGUGUCGGAGAGUUCAUCUACCUCAACAAUAACAAUAUCACCGGUUUGAGCAUAGACGCUUUUGAUAAUGUAGCUCUUGGAUACAUUUACCUCAAUGACAAUGAUCUGACAGUAUACCCUCAAGCCAUCCAAGCUUCACAAAAUCCAGAUAGAAUGCAAGUAUACCAUUGUCUAUACAUUGAAAAUAACCACUUGUCGCUGAUUCCGGAUGGGUCUUUCAGCGGACAGACAAAUCUGAAGAGAUUAUAUUUGACCGGGAACAGCAUCGAUUUCAUUCAGUCGGGUUUAUUUACCGAUCUCACAGGAUUGGAAUAUCUUUUCCUUGGAAACAACGUUAUCGAACGGGUUGGUACAGAUAUAUUUGAUACCAUGUCAAACUUACAAUUCAUUUACUUGCAAAACAACCUUCUUAACCAUUUUCCGGCUCUUGGCAACCAAUCCAUGGAUACUAUUGAUCUAAGUUCAAACACCAUCGAAACCGCCGCCACUGAAGCCUUUUCAAGUCUUACUUCUUUGUCUUCACUGAUUCUUACUAGCAACCCGCUUGCCUGCCAAUGUCAACUAGUAUCCACCCUCCAUGACGUUGCCAGCACUAUAACUGGAGGAGAAUGCCAGUACCCAACGGCAGCAAAUGGAAUUACUUUUGAUUAUAGUCUGCUCAAUGAUUCUACAUAUUACUUCAGUAGCGAUAACAACAAUGCCUCACUUUUUCAAUGCUCUGGUGAUAAUGUGGCAGCCGUAGCUAAUUCUGGUACAGAGAUCGUAGUAACAUGGGACCAACCAACCUACUUGUAUUUCCAACCUAACGGAACUAUUGGAUUGGCGCCUCCGCUUACUGGAUCCGUAGAAUACCAGGUGAUUUGUGUAAGCGAUACUGCAUCAACACUGUAUAACACGGAGACAGACGGAAAUGCCACUGCCGGAUCUGGUUCAUUCUCUAUGACCUUUAACACUAGUGUAGUCCCCGAUACCACGUAUGAAUGCUCUGUUAAGAUGGUGCAUUCAUCAUAUGCUAGUGCAAAAAGUAGUCCGUCUGUUGUAAUUACCCCUGAUGUAGUAGUUACAGUCCCUGGACCGGAAGCUGGUGCAAAUGACGUGGAACUUGACGUCAAAUAUUACGACUUCAGUAAGUCUCAUGCCGACUUCAACGAUCUAUCUUACCCUACAAUCAGUUCUCCAUCGUACGUUGCUAGUCCAUACGGGUCCUGGCUCUCAAUAUCGAAUAAUCCAACAGCUGAUACGUUCUCCACCUGGUACCGUGAAGAUAGCACAGUUAACUACGAAAUCUCCGACACCAUAAUUCUGUUUGCUCAAUCUGGAACUAUCAAAAAGUACUGGAGUGGCGAGUUUUUUCCAGUUGAUGGCCAGGGAUUUACUGCAGAACAGCAACAAGAUUGUAACGGCACAUACCAUAACUUUGGUUUUACAACAGCGAUUCGAUCAGGCAUAAAAUUCGCCGGGACCGAACAAAUCACACUAGGUGGAGGGGAGGCAAUAUGGUUGUUCAUAAACAAGAUCAGUUUGAUUGACUAUGUUUCAACAGGAGCUUCGAGCAAGGAAUGCUUUUACGUAGAUCUAUCACCGGCUCUCACUGUGGGCGGUGGGUUAGUUGUUCCGCAGCAAGGUACAAUAUCCGGCGGUGCUUGCACUGGUUUGACGGCGAUGUCCACAAAUGUCACAUUGGAUCUAGAGGUAGAUGAGAUAUACAACUUUGAUUUAUUUCUGGCCGAGACAAAGAGGUGUACAUCUGAAUUUUUGUUUCAAGUUGAAGGUACUGCCUUCAGUCAGAAUCCUACAACCGAGCUUCCACUCGAUUACAGCGCAACAAUAGCAGAAGAUUUUUAUGUGGAUGAUAUUGUAACUACUGUGUAUUUGAGCGAUGCAUUUUCAGUAGGACCAUACAAGAUAACGUUGUAUGCAGGAAAUGAAAAUCGGUUGUUUGAGUUCAAAGAAGAUACUGCGGCCAAUCAAUUCACUGCACCAUCUGCCGUCUCACCAAACUUUACGACAAUAGUCGACACUGACGGAAAUACUGUUAACUUUGUUGAAUGCACCAGCGUGUUUACUCCAACUUGGACGAGCAAUACCGCAAGCGAAACGUUCAUUAUGUCUACUUCCACAUCUUUGCUUACCUUGAAAGAUGUCCUUGACUACGAAACUACACAGUUGUACUACUUUCUUCUUACUGUAGAAGAUCAGGGUCUUAACAUCACUGGAUCCAUAGCAAUAAGGGUAAAUAUAGAGGAUGCCAAUGAUAAUUGUCCAAUUCUAACACCAACAAGUGCUUCAAUGACACCUCUACCUGUGUUAGUUGAUGAACCGCUCAUGUAUUUUGCCGCGAGUGAUACCGAUAGUGGCGACAACAGUGAUGUCAGAUAUAUCGUGUCAGAAGUAAUACCAGAUCCACCUGUUGAUUACUACAACACGAUGUGGAAUGACGUUUAUCUCAACUAUACAACGUUACAGUUUAACGUUAUUGCCAUUGAUAACGGAACGGUUCCACACGGUGAUAAAGCGUCCGUUAAUAUAACAGUUAGUAACACGUGCGUAAUGGAUGUUCUGUUUAGAGAUAUUAGACACGUGUUUGCAGUUAACAAGUCUACUGGAGGAAUGACCUUUCGAAUACCCAAAUAUUAUGUAGUUGAUUUCCUAUGCUCGGAUGAUAUUGGACUUACAACUGGUAUUGUGUUUGACCAUAUGAUGUCAGCAUCAUCCUCAUUGCAUUCCCAGCUUACAGGACCCGGGCGAGCCAGAGUCAAUGAUACUGCAAACGUAUUCAGCGGACUGUCUGGUGGUUGGGUAGCCGGCACUGUAGAUACAAAUCAGUAUAUAGAAGUUGAUAUGAGUUUACCCUACAAGUUCACAAAGGUUCAUAUUCAAGGUCGUGAGGAUGCUGAUGAAUGGGUUACAUCAUUCAAAAUAUUAUACUAUAAUAACUCUACAGCGGCAUGGGAUGAAUACACCCACACAAACGGCCAAAAUGUGUUUGUGGGUGUAGCAGAUAGAAACACAAUAACCCGGUUGGACUUAGAUCCUGCAAUACUGAGUACAAAGAUUCGAAUAAAUCCACAGACAUGGGCUGGAGGAAACAUUUCACUGAGACUGGAGUUAUCUGGCUGCGAGCAAGCAGAACAGCUGUACUACGAUGUUAGCUGUCUUCGAUGUGAAGCCACAUAUUACUGUGAAGGCGAUGGAAACCAAAAGCCGUGUGGUAGGUGUGAUCCUUACGAACCAUCAUCUACUUGUGGUCGCAAUCCCGUGGAACAUUCAUUUGGACAUGCCUCAGAAUGCUCCGCUUGCCCGGAUGGUUGGAUCUGUAAAGAUGGAUACGCCACACCGUGUGAAGAAUUCUACUACGUUGAAUGUAACUCAACUUGGUGCCCAGACAACUGCACCCAGUGCCAACUUGGUUAUGCAUGCCUUGAUGGACGGAGAACACAGUGCCGACCUGGUUAUUAUUCAGACGGAUUCAUGAAACACUGCUCUGCCUGUGACCCCGGUACCUAUCAAAACCAGUCUGCAUCCAGUUCAUGUGUUUCUUGCCCUGCCGGACACUAUAGUGGUAUUGGCAUGGCAGCAUGCGAAAUAUGCGAACCUGAAGAGUAUUCAUUAAACGACGGAACUGAUUGUUUAGCUUGCGCAGACGCAGUAGAGUGUCCUUGUAUGACUUGGGAUAAAUGCUUCAAUGGUGCUGGAUGUUACAAUACUGGAAGUGGAACUUACCAGUGUAAACCGUGUCCUGAUGGCUAUAAAGUUUCCGGUACCUCUUGUUCCGAUAUAGAUGAGUGUGCUGACAACAACCCGUGCUUCAAUUCAAGAUGUGUCAACACGGUACCAGGUUUUCAGUGUCUAGAGUGUCCUGAAGGGUACUCCGGCACAUUUGAGGACGCCUAUGCCUGGGGUGUACACCAGAGGGUAUUUGUUUGGAUGAAUUCAAUGUAUGACAACACGUCAUACCAAACUUGUAACGACAUUGACGAGUGUGCAGUAAAUAAUGGAGGUUGUGACUACAGAAUGCCGUGUGUUAAUACAGUGGGCAGCUAUUAUUGUGAUUUUUGUGACACGGGAUAUAUUGGUACAAACGAAAGCGGCUGCUAUCUAGAUAAUUUCUGUAUCUCUAGCGCACAUGCAUGCAGCAAUGUCUGGGCCAACUGUGUUUACUUGGGACCAGCUGAGUAUAGAUGUGAGUGUAAGCCUGGAUAUGCGGGUAACGGAGAGAGAUGUGGUUUAGACUCGGACAAUGACGGACAUCCAGACAGCGGAGUAUCCUGUAUCGAUUGGGGAUGCUUCAGGGACAACUGUCCAUAUGUAUCUAACAGUAACCAGGAAGAUAGUGAUGGUGAUAGUAGCGGGAAUAACUGUGAUUCUGACGAUGAUAAUGACGGAAGGUGGGAUUAUCUGGACAACUGUCAGUAUAUCGCUAACUGGAAUCAGACAGAUACUGACGCUGAUGGUGUAGGUGACGCCUGUGAUAACUGUCCCAAUGAUAUAAAUGCUGAUCAACUAGAUACCGAUGGCGACGGUUUUGGUAACAUUUGUGACUCAGAUGACGAUGAUGACGGUGUCCUUGAUGAUAGCGACAAUUGUCCACUGGUCGCCAACGCGGGUCAGGAAAAUACAAAUGAUACUGACACGGUGGGGGAUGCAUGUGACAACUGUAUUAAUGUUGACAAUGAUAACCAACUAGAUACAGACCAGAAUGGUGCAGGUGACGCUUGUGAUACAGUUAAUGGCACAAAUAAAGAUGAGGAUGGAGACAGUAUUCUUGACAUUUUUGACAAUUGUCCGUCAUAUCCAAACGCUGAUCAGUCGGACAUUGAUUCUGACGGCACGGGUGACCUUUGUGAUUCGGAUAUGGACGGCGAUAGUGUUAUCAAUGACCUUGACAACUGUCCAUAUUACAGUAAUGUUGGUCAGAAUGACGUGGAUGGUAACGGGGUUGGUGAUGAUUGUGAAACUGACUCAGACGGAGACAGUGUGGUUGAUCAAAAUGACACCUGUCCACACAAUCCAGCCAUCAGUACCACAAGUUUUAGCAAUUAUUUCACUGUUGACCUUGACCCUUCAGUUUCUGCUGAUGAACCGUAUUGGGAAGUCAAAGAUAAUGGAGCAGAAAUUCAACAGACAGUGCAUACAUGGAUGCCUGUCAUGCUUAUAGGUGAGCAAGCUUACGGAGGGGUUAAAUACGCUGGAACUUGGUUCACAAAAUAUUCAUCCGCUUCGGACUAUUUUGGCUGUGUGUUUGGAUACACGAACAACAGGAAGUUUUAUGUGGUCACGUGGAAAGGUGUUCACUACAAUUACGGGAAUAUGACAUACAAAGCUGGAAUUAAAGGGAUCCAGUUGAAGGUAGUGAACUCAAGCACUGGACCUGGCAGCACUAUGGCUGAGACUGUCUGGCACAGUUACGAUACGUCUGGAGAAACUAGACUUAUUUGGCAGGAUCCAGAUCUUCAAGGGUGGUUGCCAGAGACAUCGUAUAGAUGGUUCAUAACACACCAACCGUCCAUAGGAUAUAUCAGUAUCCAGGUAUACCGUGGUUACACGUUACUUGUUGAUUCCGGACCUUUAUACGACUCCACAAUAUCCGGAGGAAGACUUGGUGUGUUGCAGUUUGGUUACAUGUCGGUUAUUUGGUCAAAUCUACGCGCUGAGUGCUUAGAUCAUGCAAACCAAGCGUUACACUUGGACGGAAUAGACGAUUAUGUUACUCUUGAUGAUAUACCGACCCUGCAAAUAAACGAAAGUUUUACCGUUGAGGUUUGGUUGAAACUGGAUAGCGGUUACACAACUGGACCAUAUCCCAUUUUCUGUACGUCAAAUGGUACCCUAUGUCUUUGGGUGGAGAACUCGUUGGUAUAUGGUGGAUAUGGAACACAGUCUGUGGUGUCGUCCUCAGUUCUGUCUACUGAUGUCUGGUAUAAUAUUAUAUACAGGCACAGCAUAGAAGACGAGACCAUUACUCUAUUUAUUGAUGGUGUUCAAGACGGGAUAACAGCAGGUGUAUCGAUAGUCAACUGGACUGUUGAAGCUGAGACACAUGAUCUGACGGUUUACCUUGGCAAACAAAACAAUACCUACUUCAGGGGUACAAUAGAUGAAAUGCGUCUUUAUUCUGUCGCCGUACCGGAUACCGAUAUAUCCUCACACAUAAGUUUGGUAACCCUUGAAAGACCAAUACUCAAAGAUUAUGGAGUACUACAUUUCAAGAUGGAAGAAACAGCUGGAUCGAGCAAUUUAACAAAUUCUGCUUCACUUACGGCUACUUCAGAUCUGUCAGGAGGUAGAUUUGUUACGAGUUACCAGCAAUACAAUCAAUUUGUGCUGACGUAUCCCAACAACAGACGUUAACUCUCGUAACUUAAUUUAUAAGCUCUGAACAUUUUAACUGUUAAUGCCACUGUAUUGUUUUAAAGUUUCUAAACUUGGCAGUUCCACAACAUUUCUGUCUAAAAACGAACAACAAAGACUCAACCGACGCAACCUGGUAAUGAUUUGAUAAUAAAAUCAAAUUCCCCUUCUUUUCCACGUCUAUACUAGUAACAAGGUCAUUAAUUACAUAAUGUUAGCUAUUUUUUCACCAAUGAACCUGCACAUGUGCGUGUUAUACAUACUGCAAACAUCUUAACAAAAUCAAAUUUUAAAGUUUUGUUUAGGCAGCAAGCUUUCGUUAACACCUACACGUUUUAUUUUCUAUACAGUGCAUAUAGUUCGUCAUAUCUUUGAAUCCGGUUGUAGACGUAACUGGAAGACAUUCUCCGCAGUGAAUAACACUUGGUCCUCUACGGUUUAUUUAUCUAUUUCAUACAACAUAUCAGCAAGUUAGAGGCAACUCAGAUUAUUUGUUCAACGUUAGCUGUCGUAUAGGUAAAGUACGUAUCAAAUAUCUGAAACGUUUGCCUGCUAACAUACCAGUUGAACAGACCAGGUUAUCAUACAAAAAGAAACUCUAGAUACACAUGUAGUAUGGGAUGGUAAUUUAUUUCUCAAACACUGAUCAUCGGUUUAUAAGGCUAGCUUUGUCACAACAGUGUCUUUGCUGUCCUAAACGUUAGAAACAUAGAUUGAACCCUGUGGAAUAAGUUGCUCACUAGUAUUACACUCAUUGACAAAUCCUUAAUGUUACGGAGGAACAAAAAACGCCAUUUUCUAGAUAAUAUAAAUUGUUCUUACGCUUAAAUGAGAUUAUAACCAAGUAGUGUCCUUUCUUACUUUUAAACAACUUAUUUACGAAAUGGGAUAUAUUUUUUAUUUACGUGUUUUUCAAAUCACAAUAUAAUGCACAAUCUUCAUGGUAUUUUAUUAAGUAAUGCUUUCACUGUAAGUACUGUCACGCUUUGACGGAGCUCAUUUGGGCAUGUUGAGCUAAACGCUGUGAUGUUUCAUUUCUUCAUUCUUUUGUGAUACUUUCAUUUUUUGUACCUUUUUGAUAUGAUAUUCUGAGCUAAAUGAUUCUGUCAUUUGUUGUCCAUGACGAGACGCCUUUACGGAGAAUCGCUAUAGAAUUAAAUGGGUUUUUUUUUGGAGGGGGGGGGUUG